CAUGCGUCGAUGGUGUACGUGUUGUGCUGAAAAAUUGCAAAAAAACGUAGUUUUUGUUAAAUAAGUGAUAUAGAAAAUAAUUCGUCUUCAAAAUGAAGACUCGUUUUAAUACCUACGAUAUAAUAUGCAUGGUCACCGAGCUACAAAAGCUGGUGGGCAUGCGAGUGAACCAGGUGUACGACAUAGACAACAAGUCGUACCUGAUCCGGCUGCAGCGGUCCGAGGAGAAGGCCGUGCUGCUGCUGGAGUCAGCCAACAGGUUUCACACAACACAGUUUGAAUGGCCCAAGAAUGUAGCACCUUCAGGGUUCACUAUGAAGCUUCGUAAACAUCUCAAGAACAAGCGCCUGGAGAAACUCACACAGCUUGGCAUUGACCGUAUCAUAGACCUACAGUUUGGGAGUGGAGAAGCAGCAUAUCAUGUGAUCUUAGAGUUAUAUGACCGGGGCAACAUAGUGCUGACAGACUACGAGUGGACGAUACUCAAUGUGCUGCGGCCCCAUGUGGAGGGGGAUAAAGUUAGGUUUGCAGUGAAAGAAAAAUAUCCCCUAGACCGGGCAAAGUCAAACUUUGAUCCACCAGAUGCAGAAGGCUUGAAGAAAAUAUUAGGCAACAGCAAACCCGGAGACAAUCUCAAGAAAAUACUCAACCCCAACCUAGAAUAUGGUCCAGCGAUAAUAGACCAUGUCCUCCUGGAGUCUGGUCUCACGGGCAACAUGAAGAUUAGUGCGGAGCCCGGGAAGGGUUUCUCCAUAGAACGUGACCUUGACAAGCUGGUGGAGGCCGUGAAGAAGGCUGAGGAGCUGAUGGCCACUGCCAGGCGAGAAGUGGCAAAGGGUUUCAUAACUCAGAAGAAAGAGGAGCGUCCGCAGCCGCAGCCAGGCGAAGACCCCUUCUUCCUCACCAACGUGGAGUUCCACCCCAUGCUGUACGCUCAACACAAGGCGCAGCCGUACGCGGAGUACGACACCUUCGACAGGGCGGUGGACGAGUUCUACUCGGCGUUGGAGGGACAAAAGAUCGACUUGAAGACUAUCCAAGUGGAGCGAGAAGCCAUGAAGAAGCUGCAGAACGUCCGCAAAGACCACGAGAAGCGCGUGAACGAGCUGGAAGAGCUGCAAGUGACGGACCGACAAGCUGCUGAGCUGAUCUCCAGGAACGAGCCGCUCGUGGAGCAAGCUAGACUAGCUAUUCAAGCUGCCAUCGCCAACCAGAUGUCGUGGGACGACAUAAAGCUCCUUGUGAAGACGGCCCAGGAGAACGUCGACCCCAUCGCCUCCUGCAUCAAGCACCUCAAGCUGGAUACCAACCACAUCACGCUGUCCCUUUCUGAUCCGUAUGAAGAUGAGGUGCCGCCUAUGUGUGUCGACAUCGACCUGUCGCUCACUGCCUUCGCUAAUGCUAGGAAAUACUACGACAUGAAACGUAACGCAGCCAAGAAGCAGCAGAAAACCCUGGAGUCAGCGGACAAAGCCCUCAAGAGCGCUGAACGGAAAACCAAACAGACCCUCAAGGAGGCCCAGACCAUCAGCUCCAUCAGCAAGGCCAGGAGGACCUACUGGUUCGAGAAGUUCUUCUGGUUCAUAUCGUCCGAUAACUACUUGGUGAUAGGCGGCCGCGAUCAGCAGCAAAACGAGCUCCUCGUGAAGCGAUACAUGCGUUCCACUGAUGUGUACGUGCACGCCGACGUUUCUGGAGCAUCCUCCAUCAUCAUCAAGAACCCGGGCGGGCCCGUGCCGCCGAAAACACUGGGCGAAGCGGGGCAAGCCGCUGUUGCAUACAGUGUGGCGUGGGAGGCUAAAGUCCUCACGAGCGCGUGGUGGGUGCACGCGCCCCAGGUGUCGAAGUCAGCGCCCACCGGCGAGUACUUGACCACCGGCUCCUUCAUGAUCCGAGGGAAGAAGAACUAUUUACUGCCACAGCAUUUGCAGCUCGGCUUCAGCUUCCUGUUUAGGCUAGAAGACAGCUGCAUAGAACGGCACAAAGGCGAGCGCAAGUCUACGGUUCCAGAGGACGACGCCUCGUCUGUGGUGUCUGAAGCUACAACGGCUUUAACGAUAGACGAGGGGGACGAGGAGAUUGCAGUCUCAGAUGAUGAUGGAUCAGACGAAGACGACAAAUCUCAAGAGAAAGAGAAGAGUUCCGAGAAAGAGCCCCCUAGCGACAACAAGCCCGCCUUAGAGGACAUUGAAGAGGACAGCGAGAGCGACGAUGAAUCCUUCCCGGACACGCAUAUCAAGGUCGAUCACGGAACAGGAGAAGUUAUAAUGCAGUCGAAAACGCGGACGAUAUCAGAAGUAUCAAACAACAGUGACGACAAGCCCCUAUCAUUCCCCUCCCUACCAAAGAAGGCCGGCAAGAAGAACAAAGAACAGCAGAAGAAAGAAGAUAAGAAGGAGGAGAAGAAGGAGCCAGGCGUGAAGCGCGGGCAGCGCAGCAAGCUUAAGAAGAUUAGAGAGAAGUACAAGGAUCAAGAUGAAGAGGACCGCGCGCUCACGAUGAGCAUACUGCAGUCAGGAAACGCCCUAAAAGAAACCAAGAAAAGCCAAAAGAAGGCAGCAGCGAAGAGCGGCAAGCCCGGCAAGACGAAGGGGCCCAAGAUACCGCAGCCCGCGCCGCAGAUACUCGAAGCGGAGGACGAGGAACCUGAGGAAGUGGAAGCGGACAACGAGCCAGAGCAGCAAGGCGCGGACGUGGAAAUACUGGACCAGCUGACCGGCUGCCCUCUACCAGAAGAUGAGUUACUGUUCGCCGUGCCCGUGGUAGCGCCCUACUCUGCACUGCACAACUACAAGUUCAAAGUAAAGCUAACCCCAGGCAACAGCAAGCGGGGCAAAGCGGCCAAGACAGCCGUGGUGGUGUUCACUCGCGAGAAGGCCUGCUCCCCGCGGGAGAGGGACCUGCUCAAGGCCGUCAAGGAGGAGAACGUCGCCAGGAACUUCCCUGGGAAGGUCAAGCUGUCCGCGCCGCAGCUGCACAAGCAUAAGAAGUAGGGAGACCUCUUACAGAUUCAUGUUGCCCUGGUACUUUUAUAACAAUGACCUUUGUUUAAGACAUGUUUGCGUUGUUUUUAAUAACUGACUCCUUACUAUUUUUAGUGUUUACUUUAACACCAUUUAAUAGUACCACAACUCUUUCAGGCAAUCACUAUAUUUUUACGAAUUAUAUAGUGCCUCUUUUUUAUUUUAUCAAUCUCAAUUUUAGAACUUUAUAAAUACGCACAGCUCAGAAAACUACUAUUUUUCUUGCUUGCCAAAUAAUCAGUACAUUUUUAUUGUUUUAUCCUACAACUUGUAUUUUUUGUACUCUACCUAGUAGCUUCUUGCUAGCUUGCUAUAUUUGAAACACUGCUCGAGUGUGACUUUUGUAACUCUUGCAAAAGUGAUAAAAUACCGUGAUAUUAUAGAAUUAAACCAGAAACUGCAAAUACAAUGUACUUUUAAGAAAUGUGUUAUUUGAGAUGCGAAACAGAUUCCCGUGUUCCAAAAAAUAAAUAAAUCGCGAAAUGUUUAAUACGAUCGAUGAAAUUGUGGAUAAUUAAUUUUGAUAUUAGUCUCGUUAUCUCUAUUUUUAUUGACUUUUCAUUUUGUGUCAUUGAUAUUUAUAUAACCGUCCAAUUGUUUUCCUUCCCUAUAGCACGUAAUCUACAUACAUAUACAUAUGUGAGUGUGCACGGGAAAACGUCCCACUUUGUCGAUUGCUAUAAAGCCGCUUUGUUAGUUUAUUCAUAUAAAAGUAAUAACAAGUAAAUCUCGCCUUAAUGGUAACCGGAAAAGUGGGACGUUUUACUAAGCAUACUCACAUAUGUUUAAUAUGUUUACACAGUGUUGAAUUAACAGUUCUUAUUCAAUUAUAUAUUACAAUACAACAAUAAAAUGCUGACGAUCGUGAUGUUUUUGUUGAUAAGUAAAAUAUACUAUUGUUUAUAAAUAAUGGUUUUAUUCAAAUAAUACCUACUGCACGUAAUUAAAACAGAAUCACA